AUGAGAGAAAUCGUUCAUAUACAAGCCGGUCAAUGUGGAAAUCAAAUCGGAGCAAAAUUUUGGGAAGUUAUCAGUGACGAACAUGGAAUUGAUCCAACGGGAACAUAUCAUGGCGAUUCAGAUUUACAGUUGGAACGUAUCAAUGUUUAUUACAAUGAAGCAGCAGGUGGAAAAUAUGUGCCUCGAGCUGUAUUAGUUGAUUUGGAACCGGGAACCAUGGACAGUGUUCGAAGCGGCCCAUUUGGUCAACUGUUUCGACCAGAUAACUUCGUUUUUGGACAAUCGGGUGCUGGAAACAACUGGGCUAAAGGUCAUUACACAGAAGGUGCUGAACUAGUUGACAGUGUAUUGGAUGUUGUACGAAAAGAAGCAGAAUCAUGCGAUUGUUUACAGGGAUUUCAACUGACACAUUCAUUAGGAGGAGGUACCGGUAGUGGUAUGGGAACAUUAUUAAUAUCAAAAAUUCGUGAAGAAUAUCCUGAUCGAAUUAUGAACACAUUUUCAGUUGUACCGUCACCAAAAGUCAGUGAUACCGUCGUUGAGCCGUACAAUGCCACACUGUCAGUUCAUCAGUUGGUCGAAAAUACCGAUGAAACAUAUUGUAUCGAUAACGAAGCAUUGUACGAUAUUUGCUUCCGAACAUUAAAAUUGACAACACCAACGUAUGGAGAUUUAAAUCAUUUAGUUAGUGCAACAAUGUCAGGUGUAACAACGUGCUUGCGAUUUCCAGGUCAACUGAAUGCUGAUCUACGUAAAUUGGCUGUGAAUAUGGUUCCAUUUCCACGUCUACACUUUUUCAUGCCUGGAUUUGCUCCAUUAACAUCUCGUGGCAGUCAACAAUAUCGUGCAUUAACCGUACCGGAAUUAACACAACAAAUGUUCGAUGCCAAAAACAUGAUGGCAGCAUGUGAUCCUCGUCAUGGUCGUUAUCUAACAGUAGCUGCCAUCUUCCGUGGCCGUAUGUCAAUGAAAGAAGUUGAUGAACAAAUGUUGAAUGUUCAAAAUAAAAAUUCAUCUUACUUCGUUGAAUGGAUUCCAAACAAUGUUAAGACAGCUGUGUGCGAUAUUCCACCACGUGGUUUGAAGAUGUCAGCAACAUUCAUCGGCAAUUCAACUGCCAUUCAAGAGUUAUUUAAACGUAUAAGUGAACAAUUUACAGCUAUGUUCCGUCGUAAAGCUUUCUUGCAUUGGUAUACUGGUGAAGGUAUGGAUGAAAUGGAAUUCACAGAAGCAGAAUCAAACAUGAACGAUUUAGUCUCAGAAUAUCAGCAAUAUCAAGAUGCAACAGCCGAAGAAGAAGGAGAAGGCGGUGAAGAAGAAGGUGAACAAGAAGGAGCGUAA